UACAAAUAUGUCUUAACUUUUAAAUGUUCCAUAAUCUAAAACAAAUUAGAUUAAAUUAAUCUGUAUUAUUUGUAGUUUUUAGAAACUGUCAUAUAUGAUUAUAUUUUUUUUUAUCUAUGCCGAUGAUAUCUUUUAUACUAAAUGACUGACAUUUUUAAAGAUUUGAGUGAUAUUUGGGAUAGGCUUUUUAGCCACCGUCCAUUCUUACAAGGAGAAAUAAAGUAUUUUUUAUCAGAAUUUGAUAAAAAAUCAUAUAGAGCUGAUGAAGAAAAUCUAAACAAAAUCGGUGAACUCAUUAGUGAUUUAAAAGAUAAAAAAAUUGAAAGAUUUUUGCAAUCAAGUGGUGAAAAUUUAUUUUUAUUAAAUUCUACCAUUAAUGAAGCUUUGAAUUUGAGUCAAGAAAUUCUGGAUCAAGAAAAUAAUAUCAUUUCAGAAGAAGACUUGAAAACUAAAAAGGAAUUGCAUGAAAAACGUCAAAGGGAAUUGGAAACAUUUAAGUCUGAUUUGAAAUCUAGAUAUGAAAGUAUAGACAAAGAUAUUGAAGAUAAGGUAGAAGCAAUUAAAAUACAUUUUGAAGAAGAUAUAAAUAAACUAAUUGCUGAUAAUCAGUAAAAAAAUGGAUUAUAAAAUAAAAAUAAAAACUG